AUGCCGAUACUCAAGAUUUCAUCUGACGACGAUCUGGGACUUUCCAGCGAAUACCUAUCCUUCAGCACUCCGAACUUCAACGUCAAACUCGUCACUGCAUCCCAGACCCUCGCCUCACUCUCCCCAAAAAUAAAUACUUCUUUCGAUUUCUCUCCCUUCGAUCUCCUCUCGAAGCGCUCCGCGAACGGGAAUUAUCACAUCGGAGACAUCGUCGUUCGAUACCGCUCAACCGGCCAAUCAUGGACCAACAUCAAUACAGCAACUAAGCGUUCCCCCGUCAUUUCUUUCAAAGAGAAUGAUAAUGCCACACUCGCAAUUUCAAACCUUUCCCCUACCCUCCCAUCCAACAUUCCGCUCAACAUAACCCGAGCAUGGGGCACCACCUCCUCAGGAGACCUAAGUCUCACUUUCCACCUCCACAACACAGCUUCUCAUUCCCUCGAGAUAGGCGGACUGGGCUUUCCAAUCGAAUUCAACAGUAUAUUCACCACUCGAACGGCCGCAGAGACAGAAGCCAAAUGCUCGCUAACAGAUCCCAACAUUGGUCUCUCGGGUGGAUAUCUGCGCGUCACACCUUUAGCUGGGGCAGGAGCUUCGUUGGUCGUCACGCCUAUUGAUGCGAAUACGACUUUUGAAGGGUGGAGAUUCUUAACGGAGGAUACGAACACGGCGUUGGGGUAUCAAAGUCAGACUUUUGAGGGGUUUUAUUCGUGGGAGGUGAAGACUCUGGGUUAUGUUGAGCAGGAAUGGAACGCUACGACACCUUGGAACGAGGGUACUUCUAAAGUUCUUGCUGCUGGAGAGGAAGUUCUUUAUGGUUUGAGAUUCUCUGUUGCUGAGAAUAUCAGGGAAAUUGAAGAUGCGGUCAAGGAGACUGGGAAUCCGUUGGCGAUCGGUGUCCCAGGAUACAUCAUCCCGUCGGACAUGACAGCCAAACUGUAUCUCCAAUACAACUCCUCCGUCUCAACAAUUUCAACCUCUCCUCCCAACGCCAUCAAUUUCACGCUCCUCGCCCCUGGAAUUUACACCCUCACGUCCUCCUCCUCAACCUUCGGCCGCGUCCGCGUUCUGGUGACUUACACCAACAACGUAACACACUCCAUCUCCUACUACCUAACCGCUCCUCUCCCCCUCACAAUCUCGCAACUCGGCAACUUCCUCGCAACAAAGCAACACUUCACCAACGCGUCUGAUCCCUUCCACCGCGGCCCUUCAAUAAUAACCUACGACCGCUCUGUCAACGCCCCCGUCCUGCAAGACCAACGCGUCUGGAUCGCCGGCCUCAGCGACGAAGGAGGCGCCGGUUCCUGGCUCGCUGCCGCAAUGAAGAUCUCGGCUCAGCCUUCCGCAGCCGAGGUUUCCAUCCUCGAAGACUUCGUGCAUCUCACCGUUCUGGGGACCUUGCAACCGCCGAACUCUUCCGCGGUACGGAAAAGUGUCUUUUGGUACCAACCAAAUGCAACGUCCUACUCCUACUCGAAAGCCAUUGAUUGGAGUACUUGGGAGAGUUGGGACAUAGCAGAUGCGUAUGCGACGGAUAGGACGUAUGAUUAUGUGCACGUGUCGGCUUUGUACUGGGCUUUGUAUCGCGUUGCGCGUUAUUAUCCGGAGUUAACGACAAGAGCGAGCUGGGAGUGGUAUCUUUCGCAAUCGUACAAUACUGUUGUGUAUGCUCUCAAUCCUUCAAAUACCGGAUACACCUCUGUGGGGCUGAUGGGUGAAACGGUCUGGGGUUCCUUACUCUCUGAUUUGAAGAACGAGAACUUAACCUCUCAGGCAAAUAUUUUGAAUGGCCUUAUGAAGAAUCGAGCGCUGGUGUGGGCAAGCGAAGAAGUGCCUUAUGGAAGCGAAAUGGCAUGGGAUUCCACAGGUCAAGAAGGCAUCUAUUACUGGUCCAAUUACUUCAACCUCACAUCCACAGCCAACAAGACCAUUAAUUCGGUCCUAGGCUACAUGCCGACGGUAUCCCACUGGGGCUGGAACGGCAAUGCGAGACGGUAUUGGGAUUUUCUCUACGCGGGGAAGUUGGAGAGGAUUGAGAGACAAAUUCAUCACUACGGAUCGGGACUGAAUGCCUUACCUCUUCUGCGACAUUUCCAGGAAAAUCCAGAGGAUAUAUAUAGCUUGAGAGUGGGGUAUGGAGGCAACAUGGGGCCGAUGACGAAUAUUGAUCAAGAAGGGUUCGCGAGUGCGGCGUUUCACUCUUGGCCUGAUACGCUGGCUUGGGAUGCUUAUAGUGGAGAUUAUGGACCGAACUUCCUUGGGCAUGUUCUAGGUGCUGGGACGUAUGUUUAUGAGGAUCCGUCACUAGGUCUUGUUGCGUUUGGUGGCGAGGUUGAGAGCUAUGAAAAUGGUAUGGUUGUGGUGCUGCCCAAAGAUGCCGUGAGGAGGAUGGUGUAUCUUGCAGUGUUUGGAACGCAGGUCAGUGUUGAUGCUGGGAAUAUUGAGAUGGUGACGUACUCGGAGAAGACUGGAAGUGUGGAAGUGCAAAUGGCGCCGAGUAUCGCAAGUAUACCCAGCAUGGAAGCUGCCAAGAGUACAAUCUUGAGAGUUGAGAAGAUGGCUCAGGUUGGAUCGAUUGGUAAUGCUGCAGUUGUUACUCCUGGGUUGGGUACGGCCAGAGGAGGGUGGAUGGUUGACUUGAGCAAUAGCACGGUCUCUGUUGAGCUGAGGUUUUAGUUGUGGGAUCUACACACAUUGCCUAGG